AUGAAGGAGCUACUUGACACGGAUCGUGUCAACUUUUUGAUCUGGAGGUAUUUGCUCGAAUCAAAUUAUCGAGAGACGGCCGCCAAGCUGCAGAAGGAAUGGCGGGUGCACCAACCUCACAGGCAGUUCGACUUUGCCUCGCAUGUCAACACGUAUGCGCUGGUGUCACUCUUGAACAAAGGCCUCAUCUAUGAAGACUACCAAAGACGAUUCGAAGCCGCCCAAAAGGCGCCUGGUAAUGUGCCGGCAAUGGCCGGGGAGCCUCCGCGGGGUGUGUUUGGGCCGCUGAAAUUCCAGCCCGAGGAGCCGGUGGACGAGGACGAGGAAGAUGAUGUGGAAUCGGAGCCAGAGUUGGAGCUGGACGAGAUGGAAAACCCACGAAAGCGUGCGGUUGAGCGGCAGCAUCAUCACGAAUUGACGCAUGGAUCCCCCGCAAAACGCCAGCGGCUCAGCAACGGCUACGAGAAUGGAGCCGAUUUGGCCACCACACCAAUGGAAAUCGACCCCCACCCAGACAACAACCACGCGUACCCGUCACCGCUCGAAGGCGAACAGGUUGAGUCCUCUAUCCUGCGCACCGAAGGACCCUCACGCGGCACGCAGGUUGAGAAGGUCCGCGACCUGACCCAAGGCACCGUGUUUCUGCGCCUGGGCGCCGACGAGUCACCCGAGGCUAGCGAAAAUCCUCUUGUGCUCCUCUGCGAGUGGAACCCCAGGAACCCGUCCAUCUUGGCGACAGCUGGGACAGAUGCGCUAGCCCGCAUUUGGACAGUACCUAGUGGAACCGCCCCAGAGCAGGAUCCAGGUCACGUGAAUACCGCCAGGCCCUCGUUCAUGAGCAUUGUCGAAGAGGAUCUGCCGAAGAAUGCCACCGUCUCGGCUAUGGCCUGGAGCUCAAGCGGCGACCUCAUUGCGCUUGGCACCGAGCUCGGCACCAAGUCGCGCGUGAGCGUCUGGUCGGUUGACGGAACGAGCAUACAGCGCUUUGACGGCCUUGACUCGCCCGUCACCAACCUCUGCUGGAGUCCCAACAGCAACUUCCUCCUUGCCAUCAGUCCUGAUGUGAGCAACGGAGCGGCAAAUCCCGGCACUCUGCUUCACAUCUCAUCUCCUUCGUUGGUGAAUUCCGUGUCUCAUGUCCUCGAACACGACCUCCGAUCCGACAACCUUGAUGCGGCAUGGAUUAGCGAAACCGAGUUCCUCCUGUGCGGUGGCGACUUGCUCGUCUCCUUCAGGUGCUUGGGGCAGGAAAUUGUGCGGAGCAGCGAGUUCCAGACAGCCAAGGAUGAGCGCUUUACCCUUGUCGAGUUUGACUGGCGGUCGAGACUGGUUGCGACUGCUAGCGACAAGGGCUACAUCGAUAUUUGGGAUGAGUCUGGAAAGCGCCGUUCGAUACCAGCCCAUGACGGAGGUGUCGCCAGCCUGAAGUGGCAACCGCUGCAGGGGGAUCCCACUGAUGACGAGAGAUUGCUGGUAUCCGGCGGCGAAGACGGCGCCAUCUUUGUUUGGAACGUACGCAGCGCCGAGAACAAGCCCAAGUAUUCAAUCACAAUGCCGCCGCCGCUUGCUGUCAACAAUCUCUCAAUGAGUCCGGACGGUGCGUUGAUUGCUGUAGCGGCUCACGACAGAAUCCUGGUUUGGAGAAUGGGUGACCAUGCGAUGCCAAUGGCCAGCUGGGUCCCGCAGCCUGGGUGGCAAAGCCCCGGAUCCGGGACCGAUGCGGAGGACGCUAUCUCAUGCUUAGGAUGGGAUUCUGAGGGCCGGCGUCUGGUGUACGGCUUGGAAAAUAGACUUGCCGUCAUCCGCCUUCGGGAGCAUGAGGGAUGA